UAAAUUUCAAAAAUAAAUUAUAAAAUUAAAUAAAAUCACAAUGUGCUUGAAUGCAAACCAAAAGCCUUGUUGCGUCACAAUAGCUUUGCUUGCGAUUUUGGUCGGGGUUAUAGAGUUCUCUUACGACUGCUUUCAUUUAGCCGUGUAUGGAGCGAACAAUUGGUUGGUGGCAGCGUUGAUCGCAUGGAUUCCCAUUUUUAUUUCUGCUGUUUUUCUGAUUAUAGGGACACUUAGGGAAAUACCCAGUUUUUUGCUCAUUUGGGUAGUAGUGUCACUGAUUUGCGGAGUGGCUUUGAUUAUUAUAAAGAUCGGCUUGAUGAUAUACCUACCUAGGCUUGGUUUACAUGUAGAUAUUCUGGUCGCCAUUUUGAAUGUCAUAUUUCUAUUGCUCGUCUUCGUUUGGGUCGCCUAUCCGUAUGCAUACAUGCGUGAACUGCAGGGACAAAAAAUGAUUUAAAAUGAUAAAUUUUGGCAUUUGGUAAUCCAACUAAUAUAGUCAAAUUAUCUGCGCUAUUUAGACGGUACAAAUAUCAAACGAAGGUAGUGCCAAAAGUUAGUCGUUCCAUUCUAGACUAAAGUGAAAUCGUUGACUGGUGCGGAUGAGAUGGCGAUGCAGUAGUAUUUUUUACUCGGCUUUUACUGAAAAUCAACAAACAGACUUUGCGAUAUUCCGUCUGUGUUGCAUGACUUUGGUUUUUUAUUAAACAAAUAGCAGCCAGUGACCAGGGGAUGCGAAUUUGCAUAAAAUAACAGAGGCAAUAACAAUGGGUGACAACAAAUCAAAUGCAAAUGGU